GUCCGUUUGUCUCCCCGGUGCAUCUUCCACAGCGCAUCCUUGAUGUUGGUACGGGAACGGGACUAUGGGCUAUGGAUGUUGCCGACGAACACCCCACCGCGCAGGUCUUUGGAACCGAUCUCAGCCCAAUUCAACCCGGAUGGGUACCGCCUAAUGUGCAAUUUUAUAUUGACGACGUCGAGAGCGACUGGAUGUAUGAUGCCGAUGACGCGUUCGAUUUAAUUCACACCCGUGUCAUGGGUGGUAGUAUCGGGGACUGGGACAAGUUCGUGCGCCAGGGUUUUGCGCACUUGAAACCCGGCGGUUGGCUCGAGUUGCAUGAGCCAGAGUCCUGGCUGACAUCGGAUGAUAACACCAAGGAUAUGGCGACAUAUACCGAGAAAUUUCAGACUAAAUGCAUCGAGGCCGCGGAGAAGUUUGGGAAAGAGAUUAAUCUGGCGCACACGCAUAAGCAACGACUCAUUGAGGCUGGGUUUGUGGAUGUGCGAGACGAUGUGAUAAAGAUUCCCGUUGGGUCGUGGCCCAAGGACCCUCGACUGAAAGAAAUUGGUCGUUUCUGGCUCGAGCACUUAAUUGGCGGCGUUGAAGUAUAUACACUCGGUUUCAUUGGGCAAAUUCUCAGAUGGAGCGAGACUGAGUGCCGAGUGCUAGCGGCCAAGGUAGCUGAAGAGCUUAGGGAUCGAAGGAACCAUUUGUAUGUGAACCUGCACGUUAUAUGUGGACGAAAACAAUCAUGAUUUAUGAAACCGUCAUUGAAGAGGGAGUUAUGGCGCAAAAUUUAUCUACUGCAAAUGGUGAAACAGAAAAUUAUAGUAUGAGAUCGCAAUUUCAAAAACUAACAGCUGUUUGCUCCAAGUAUAUACAUGUAUCUAAAA